AUGAUUGUGCACAAAGAGCAAGAACUGGCGGAGCAGCGGGAGCGGCUCUCCACCAUGGAAGACAAUUUCGCCCAAAUCCGCCUCGACACCGAUCACUCUACAGUGAGCCUGUUGAGAAAGGCUCUGGAGGAACGCGACCGCCAGGUGAAGCAGCUGUCGCAGUCCCUAGAGCAGGCGACGCGCGACUUAGAGGACCAGAGCACCAUAAUCGAGGCGCUACAAAUGGAGCGCCGCCAACGGGACGAAGACAGUCAGGACGGCCGACCAACGGCGAGGCGGGGCGGCCGUUGGCUUGACCUGCAAGGAAAGCUUCGGGAAAAGAGCUUGCUUCUCAGGAGCGUCCAAUCCAUGCUGGGCAAGGUGGAGGAGGAAGCUCGACUCAAGGAUAAGCAGCUAGCGGAAGCUGUGGCUGCAGCCCGCAAGUACGAGCUGGGCGAGUACGGACUGUCGGACGCCGUUGCCGAAAUACGAGAUCUCAAGAGGCAGCUGGAAAUUCGUGACCGGGAGAUCGAGAAGCUGACUAGCCAGCUGAACGACAUUGAGAUGGAGGUUCAGGAAGAGUGCGACAACGACAGGAGCACCUCCCCGCGUCACCACUUCAGACCAACAAGGGGCGAGCUUGAGGAAAAGAUACAGAGACUGGAGAGGGAAAAUAGGCGUCAACGGCUGCGCCUGGCUGCUCAGAGGAGUAUAAUGAGAUCAGCGUCCGAAGUUGAGAAAAAGCACCUGGAUAACUUUGCCCAGACGUCACCCUUGCGGGAUUCCUCAACUGAGAAGAUCCAAGUUCAUCACAACGGCCGCGAACCACGCGGCGAUUUACCGGACAUGAAGUCCGUGUCAUCGCUGCGUGAGCUGGCGAGAAGUCCGACCAUCAUUAACGAAGACAGUGAGAGCCUCAAAGAAGAAACAUCAAUGAAAGAUGACAAGUGCACUCCGGAGCUACCGGAGAAGACACAGUUAACAAAACAUGUGGAGUGGAAAGGGGACGAAACUCCACCUUUAGAGGGGCACGAGUACAACCCGGCUGCUUAUCCACAAGUCGCAGAGCCGCAAGUGUUACUGGUGAACGGAAAAGGCGCGUCACUUGUUCGGUUGUACGAGGAGACUGUUCGUGCUGCUAAGGCGUGGAGAGCGGACGCUCUUCGAUGGAAAGAAGGCAGGCAUAGUGGUGACGAGGAGCAGUUAGCCAGCAUCGAGGAGAAAGGAUCAGCGCGUGUCCAGCUCGAUCGUCAGGCGUCUUUGGACCGCCUGAAGGACCGCAUCAUCUUGGAGCAGCUAGGGCACCUUGAAGCAUUUCAGCACUCUAAUGGUGAAUUCCAUUGGGAAAACAGGAGCAGUGCGCGGCGCAGUGCGGAGUCGGGUAGCAGCGCAGUGAGAACAGGGACACUCAACCCGCCAGUGGAAUGUGUAGUGCAUCCGGAGAGCAGGAGACGUCUGGACAUGCGCAUCAAGUGCCUGCAGCGGCGCCUGGAGGAGAGCGUCCCGAAGGAGGCGUUCAAGUCGCUCAGCGAUGCAUACUCCGAGAUGGCUGCCAGUAAAGCGAGGCUUAUCUCUAGACUUGCUGAUGCUGGCAUUGCGGAUAACAAGCUUUCUGAGGAGGUUUGCCUAUCGACGGAGAAAGGCGUCUUCUACUUGCCUGCUACUGACGACUCCAAGCUUCGUGUCCUUGAGGAGGAGAACGAGCAACUACGAGCUCUGCUCGCGGAUCGCACAGGCCACGUGCAGGUACUGCAGGGUGAACUGAAGAGGUUCAAGCACAUGCGGGAGGCCAAAUCAAAAGAACCAUCAAGCUCACCUUCAACCAAUGAGCAUGCCGAGAGCCUCAAGGUGCUGCUGGAAAGACUGUGGACACAUUUUCAAGAGCUACAGAAAAGGUACGAACAAAAGGAUGGGGACCUACUUAGAGCCAUGGUUGAGUCGCGUAGACAAAGCGAAGAGCAGAAACAGGCACUGACACAAAUGAGAAUCCAGUGCAGUGGUUCAGUUCCUCUGGAAAAGUUAGAAAGUAUUCUGUCACAGUUCAAGAGUGGACUCCAAAACGUUCAAGAAGAGCAGGACUUGCCGUCAUGCAAAAAUUGCAGUGCCCUGACCAACACCCUUAGAGCACAGACGGAGGAGCUCAUCACUUCCAGGCAAAACGCAAAGCUUCUGCAGAAGAGGCUCGACGAGGAGCACCGCAACCUGCAGAUCUCGGCGAACUCCCUCCGUGUCAAAGAUACAAUCAUCCGAGAGUUGAAGCAAGCACUGUCCCGAGCGGCUGCAGAGGAUGCUAUGCCUUGGGACAAGGCCAAACUCAAGAAAUCGUUGCGAGUGGCAAUGUUGACAGUGAACUCAUUGCAGGCGCUGAUGCGGCAAAAGGAAGCAACCAUAGAACGCUACCGCGCAUGCGUGGCCACUCUACGCGACGAGAUGCAGCAGCAGAGCCAGAGACUGUCAGCCGAGGCCCACGUCCUACGUGCAAAACUGCUGGACACUUCGGCUGCCCGACAACUGCCAGAAGAAGACGAUGCCAUCCACGACAAGCCGCGACAUUUCCAAGACAAGCUGGAUCAACUCCGUGCACUGGACGAGGCGCACAGGGAAGCCGUCCGGAUACUUCUCCUAGAGGCAGCGAAAGCGGUUCCUGCCCCUGUGGUACAAACCAGACCGGCGUCCAGUGCGGAAAGACCUGGCUCUCCUCCCAGCGGAGUUCUUAAACUGGAAUCGCAGCCAACUGGUAUUCCAACUGCAGAUGUUAGAUUGGACAGAGACAACCGGAGGCAGGCCACAAAGACGUCUACAAUGUUCCGCGACACUGUGAUAUCCCUGCAGAAGGUUAUCGAGGAGAAAGAUUUGGUGAUUGCACAAAGGGAGACAGACAUCGCCGCACUGGAAGGGAGACUGGCUGAACUCGCCAGCCAGCUGGAAGAAGCUGCCAAGAGGAAAGACUUGGGAAGCCUGGUGCACACUCUGAAAUCGCAGGUAGACGAUAAAGAGAGGCAGCUGAAGGCACUCAGUCAAGCUCUCGUGGAACUACGUGCUGAAAUGAUGCGGACCGUAGAGCUCAAUACUGUCGCUGCCAGUGGUGGGGAUGACGACAACAGGGAUAUCGCGCACCUGCAGAGCGAGUUGCGAGCUGCACAAGAGAGGGAGCGCUUCCUCGAAGAUGAACUCCGUCUCCUUCGUGAAGAGAACGAAGCGGUUAAAGAAAACUACCGAAAAGCACAAGAGGAAAGACAUCGUGCGAUGAGGCUUCACAAAGCUCCCUCACGGCGUGGGACGUAGCCGAUGCCGUGGCUCAGAAGACAGCUGAAGGAUAAAUGGAGCACACGACCGUUGCUGAGCUAACCUCUAAUUUAGUAGUCUAGCUGAAACUUCCACACAUCUUGGGGCAAGCAUUUAAAUCAUGAGGGUCUUCAUGCAGCCAGAAUAGGCUGCAUGAUCACGGAGCCGACCGAGCAAUUCUGUACUUUGGUCAAAUAGUUUGUCCCUAAAUAAAUAAAUUGCGGACGUGAA